AUGGUCAAGAAGACAAUCUUCGUGGCCCUGGCGAUACUGCUGGUGGCGGCCGUUGCCACCUUUGUGGGUGUCUUCUUCACCGUGGGGACGAAGAAGAUCCCAGUUCAGAAGGUGUACCUGAAGGCAGCUGUGGCAGCAGAUGCUGGGCCGUGUUCAGAGGUCGGCAGAGAUAUACUGCAGAAAGGAGGAUCUGCAGUAGAUGCCUCCAUAGCUACUUUACUCUGUGUUGGACUCAUGAACGCUCACAGUAUGGGCAUCGGAGGAGGACUUUUCUUCACAAUCUACAAUGCAACAACUGGUAAAGUUGAAACCAUCGACGCCAGGGAGACGGCACCUCGCAAUGCAACAGAGAACAUGUUUGGGAACAGCACAGAUUCAGCUCAGAGAGGAGGGUUGUCUAUCGCUGUACCAGGGGAGAUUCGAGGUUAUGAGAUGGCACACAGGCGACAUGGGAAACUGCCGUGGAAGGACUUGUUCCAGCCGAGCAUUCGUCUUGCAGAAGACGGUUUUCCUCUGGGCAGGGCGCUCGCCUCUGCUCUGUCCAAAAACCAGAAAACAAUCAUCGAUGACCCGGCUCUGUGUGAAGUGUUUUGUGGGAAAGCGGGUGAGGUCCUGAAGGAAAACGAAACCAUUAAAUUUACCCAGCUUGCAAAAACCUAUCAGAGGAUAGCUGAGGAGGGUCCUGAUGCUUUCUACGAGGGAACACUGGCUCAGAGCCUUGUCAACGAUAUUCAGGCCAAAGGCGGUAUCAUCACAAUGGAGGAUCUGAGGGAUUAUAAGGCUCUCUUGGAUGAGGAACCGUUAAGUGUGGAUGUGGGGGAGUACAAGAUGGCUGUUCCAAAUGCCCCCGCGAGCGGCCCUGUGCUCUCGCUGAUAUUAAACAUCCUGAAUGGGUACAACUUCACCUCGGACAGUAUGGGAAGCACCGGGAAUAAGAUCCUCACGUACCAUCGCAUCGUGGAGGCCUUUCGCUUUGCUUAUGCAAAGAGGACGUUGCUCGGAGAUCGGAGGUUUCUGAACCUCACCGAUCUCAUCAAGAAUAUGACUUCAAGUUUCUUUGCCAACGAGCUGCGUGAGAGGAUCACAGACGACACCACACAUCCCAUGAAUUACUAUGAGCCCGAGUUUUACGUGCCUGACAACCAGGGGACCUCGCACAUGUCCGUGGUGGCAGAAGAUGGAAGCGCUGUGGCGGCCACCAGCACCAUCAACCAUUUUUUGGGUUCCAAAGUCAUGUCAGGAUCCACGGGGAUACUUCUCAACAACGAGAUGGACGACUUCAGCUCUCCGUACAUCACAAACGGCUUUGGUGUGCCUCCUUCACCCAACAACUUCAUCAGGCCAGGGAAAAGGCCGAUGUCGUCCAUGUGUCCAGCCAUCCUCAUUGAUAAAAACAACAAGGUGAAGAUGGUGGUCGGAGGCUCGGGAGGAACGAAAAUCACGACUUCCAUUGCUCAGGUGAUUCUGAACACACUGUUCUUCGACCUCGAUCUGGAAAAGGCCGUGUCGAAGCCGCGGCUCCACAACCAGCUGAGUCCCAACGCCACCGUCGCCGAGCCCGACUUUGACAAAGACGUCAUGCAGGGUUUGGCAGCAAAGCACCACGAGACGGAGUUCCUCAAAGCGUCCGGAGCUGUGGUGCAGGCGGUGGUUCGUCAGGUGGACGGACUCCACGCUCAGUCGGACCCUCGAAAGUGGGCCUACGCUGCGGGGUACUGA